AACAAACGGAAGGGACACCGCCGGCAUUCCAUAACGGCUAGCCUCGGAGAAGAGAACCGAAGGGAAGGGAAGACCCCAGAUCUCCGCCCGCCGGCAGCCAUGCCAUCGGACGCCGACUCCGCCGCCGCGCUCCCCCUCACCCUCGACCUCGAGGACUUCAAGGGGGACUUCUCCUUUGACGCGCUGUUCGGGGGCCUGGUGGACGAGCUACUCCCGGAGUACCGCGGGGACGACGACGCCGCGCCAGCGCCGCCGCCGCCGCCCGUGCUCGGGGCAGCCCCGCCCGUCUUCCCAGCCGUUGACGAGCUGCUAGGUCUCUUCAAGCACUCGUGCAAGGAGCUUGUCGACCUCCGCAGGCAGAUUGAUAAGAGGCUCCAGAAUCUGAAGAAGGAGGUGGCCGUGCAGGACGCCAAGCAUCGAAAGACCCUCGGGGAGCUUGAGAAAGGUGUGGAUGGACUAUUUGAUAGCUUUGCUAGGUUGGAUUCCCGCAUAUCCAGUGUUGGUCAAACAGCUGCGAAAAUUGGUGACCAUUUACAGAGUGCAGAAUCUCAGAGGGAAACUGCUAGCCAGACAAUAUAUCUUAUCAAGUAUCUGAUGGAGUUCAACAGCACACCUGGGGACCUUAUGGAACUUUCUCCAUUAUUUUCUGAUGACAGUCGUGUUGCUGAGGCUGCUUCAAUUGCACAGAAAUUGCGAUCAUUUGCCGAGGAGGAUGUUGGUAGACAUGGUGUAACAUCAGCUGUAGGUUCUGCUAAUGCAAGCCGUGGUUUGGAGGUUGCUGUUGCGAAUCUGCAAGAAUAUUGUAAUGAGUUGGAGAAUCGAUUGUUAGCUCGGUUUGAUGCUGCAUCACAGAGACGAGAGUUGUCUACAAUGGCACAAUGUGCUAAAAUAUUGUUGCAGUUCAAUCGAGGAACCAGUGCUAUGCAACACUAUGUUGCAACACGACCAAUGUUUAUUGAUGUGGAAAUUAUGAACACUGAUAUUCAAGUUGUUCUUGGCGACGAGGGGCUGCAAGCUGACUCUAAUAGCAUCGCAGAUGGUCUCUCUACAUUGUACAAGGAAAUUGCAGAAACUGUGAGGAAAGAGGCAACUACAAUAAUGGCUGUCUUUCCUUCUCCAAAUGAGGUCAUGGCAAUUCUUGUGCAGCGAGUGCUAGAACAAAGGGUGACAACAAUUCUUGAUAGACUUCUGAUAAAGCCCUCUCUUGCUAGCUUGCCUCCUCUUGAGGAAGGAGGCCUUCUACAAUAUCUAAGGGUUCUGACAGUUGCAUACGACAAGACAAAAGAACUUGCUAAGGAAUUGCAGUCUGUUGGUUGUGGGGAUUUGGACAUAGAAGGUCUCACUGAAUCCAUAUAUGUUGCACACAAAGACGAGUACACAGAAUUUGAGCAGGCAUCACUCAGACAGCUAUAUCAAUCAAAGAUGGCUGAACUGAGAGCUGAGGCCAAGCAACAAUCUGAGUCAACUGGUUCAAUCGGACGUGCAAAAGGAGCAUCUUUGACAACAUCACCACAGCAGCAGAUAUCUGUUACUGUAGUAACGGAAUUUGUUCGCUGGAAUGAGGAAGCCAUAUCCAGAUGCACACUGUUGUUUUCUCAGCCUACUACUGUUGCAGCUAAUGUCAGAUCCAUAUUUGCAUGCUUGCUUGAUCAAGUGAGCCAAUAUCUAACCGAAGGGCUUGAUCGUGCUAGAGAGAGUUUAAAUGAGGCUGCAGCUUUGCGGGAUAGAUUUGUCAUCGGGACAAGUGUUAGUAGAAGAGUGGCUGCUGCUGCUGCUUCUGCGGCAGAAGCAGCAGCUGCUGCUGGUGAGAGUAGCUUUAGAUCCUUCAUGAUUGCCGUGCAGCGUUGUGUCAGUAGUGUAGCUAUUCUUCAGCAGUACUUCUCAAAUACCAUAUCUCGGCUCCUGCUGCCUGUCGAUGGUGCUCACCCAUCUGCUUGUGAAGAUAUGGGAUCAGCAGUGUCAGUGGUCGAGGCUGCUGCUCACAAAGGACUGUUACAAUGUAUUGAUACUGUCAUGUCUGAGGUCGAAAGAUUGUUGUCUUCGGAACAGAAGGCUACAGAUUAUCGGUCACCGGAUGAUGGAGCUGCACCAGAUCAUCGGCCAACUAAUGCUUGCAUAAGAAUUGUUGCCUAUCUCUCUCGUGUUCUUGAGGUUGCAUUCAGUGCCCUAGAAGGUCUCAACAAACAGUCCUUUUUGACUGAGCUGGGAAAUCGCUUGCAUAAGGGGCUGCUUAAUCAUUGGCAGAAGUUCACAUUUAGUCCCAGCGGUGGGCUGAGGUUGAAACGUGACAUCACUGAAUACGGGGACUUUGUUCGUAGCUUCAGUGCUCCAUCCAUAGAUGAGAAGUUCGAACUUCUUGGAAUCAUGGCGAAUGUCUUUAUUGUUGCACCAGAAAGUUUAGCAUCCUUGUUAGAAGGAACCCCCAGCAUCCGGAAGGACGCCUUAAGAUUUAUUCAGCUCAGGGAUGACUAUAAGACGGCAAAAAUUGCUUCAAUGCUUAACAGUAUCAUGUCCGAAUAAUCAGUACCUGAAGAGCAUUAUGUUUGAGCGGCAGACACUGUUGCCGCAUAUCUACGGUGCACAACUAUCAAAUGCUCCAGGGUUCCCCCAAAUGAUUUUGACAAUUGAUGUCACGUGUAUAGCAGAGCUUCAGAAUUCUGUUAAUCCUAUGGGUUCCUUUUCCUGUUUUUGGGGUUGCUCAGUUUGACUUGUACAUGUGGUUCAUCCAGGUCUAUAAAUAAUUUGUACUUGUACAAGCAUUAUAUAAAGUUGUAUUUGCAAAACCGAA